AUGUCGGUUGAAGAUAAGAAGGCGUUAGGCAUUAUGGAGUCAACCCUUUCACAUGUAGGCGGUCACUAUGAGAUUGGACUACCUUGGCGAGCGGACGAUGUUACCCUACCAAAUAAUUUAGCAAUGGCACACUCACGUCUAAAUCAACUGAAGAGAAAACUUUCACAGAACAAAAUCUUACAUGGAAUGUAUACAAAAACUGUCACUGACUAUUUAAACAAAGGAUAUGCCAAGGAAGUAGAAGACAAAAAUUCAGAAUCCAAGCGGAUAUGGUUCUUACCCCACCACCCCGUGAUAAACGUGAUCAAACCAGGAAAGGUUCGUGUGGUAUUUGACUGUGCCGCGAAAUACAAGGACACCUCACUGAAUAGUCAACUCCUACAAGGCCCUGAUAUGACGAACAGUCUGAUAGGGGUACUUAUCCGAUUUCGUCAGGAAAAGAUAGCAAUUGCUGCCGAUAUAGAGGCAAUGUUCCACCAAGUUCGCGUUUGUGAGGCGGAUUGUGAUGCGCUUCGGUUCUUAUGGUGGCCUGAUGGGGACAUGUCUAAACCUCCAAAAACGUACUGUAUGCAGGUGCAUUUGUUUGGUGCCACUUCAUCUCCUAGCUGUGCUGCUUAUGCAUUGAAAAGAACAGCCAGUGAUAACGCAAAAAGAUUCCCACCCGAAGUUGUAGAUACCGUUAAUAGAAACUUCUACGUCGAUGACUGUUUGAAAUCUGUGGCAUCGGAAGAGAAAGCGGCGAUGUUAGCAGCGGAUCUACAGAAACUAAUGCAAAUGGGAGGCUUUAGACUAACAAAGUGGAUCAGCAACCGCAGACAAGUACUCGAUACCAUUCCUGAAUCGGAACGUGCACCUACGGUUGUUAGCCUUGACCCUGAUGAUAUUCUCCCUUGCGAACGUGCAUUAGAUGUUAAUUGGAAUGUCAACGACGAUAAAAUAACAUUCAAAAUCAAGAUAGCAGAUAAGCCUCUGACAAGACGUGGAAUUCUAUCUAUAGUCAGUGCGAUAUAUGAUCCGCUUGGACUUGUAGCACCUCUGACAUUACGAGCGAAAAUUAUCGUCCAGGAUCUUUGCAGGAAAAGGUUAGGAUGGGAUGACGUUAUACCGCAGAAGGAGCACAGGGAUUGGCAACGUUGGCUGUCAAACUUACCUCGUUUGGAAAGAAUUUGCAUAAAGCGGCGGUACCAACAAAGUAACUAUGGUGUACUGAAGCACAUUCAAUUACACGUGUUCAGCGAUGGUUCAGAGACUGGCUAUGGCGCAUGCGCUUACUUGCGCUUCACAGAUCAACGUGAUACGACAGUCUGCUGUCUAGUGCUAGGUAAAUCCCGACUUGCUCCGAUCAAGCAGUCAUUUAUACCCAGGCUGGAGCUGUGUGGAGCCGUAGUGUCCUGUCGCCUAUAUGCCAUGCUGAUUGAAGAACUCGACAUUAAGAUUGACCAGGUGGUUUUCUGGACUGACUCUAUGAUCCUUUUGGGGUACAUAAAUAACACCGCAAGACGUUUCAAGACGUUUGUUGGAAACCGAAUAAGCUUCAUACACGAGAUGACAAAUCCAGAACAGUGGCGUUAUGUUGACUCUACUUCAAACCCUGCAGAUCUAGGUAUAGAUCCCAGCGAUGAAACCAGUCUCAACGGACCGGAAUAUCUGAUGCAGGAUGAAUCUACUUGGCCUCGACCACCAAACAAACCGGAUAUAGUACACGACGACACAGAAGUCAAAAAGGAGGUUGCAAUAAACACUACUGCAUUAUACACGGGAACAACAAUCCAAGACCUUAUCAACCACUACUCCGACUGGAAUAAACUACACAGAGCGUGUGCUUGGUUACAGAGGUUCAUUGCGUACUGCAGACGACAGAAGGAUAAAAUAAAACGUGGAGACCUCGUCGUAGAACGCUGCAUUUGCACUAUUACGAUAUGUACAAAGGGCCAACUUUAG